CCGCGAGGGGGAGACCGCCGCCCGCCCGCCCACCCGCCGCCCUCGGACGCGGCCCCGCACGCCCAGCCCCGUCGGCGACACCAUGAGCUCCGGCCAGCAGCCGCCUCCCCCGCGGAGGGUCACCAACGUGGGGUCCCUGCUGCUCACCCCGCAGGAGAACGAGUCCCUCUUCUCCUUCCUCGGCAAGAAAUGUGUGACUAUGUCUUCAGCUGUGGUACAGUUAUAUGCAGCAGAUCGGAACUGUAUGUGGUCAAAGAAGUGCAGCGGUGUUGCUUGUCUUGUUAAGGACAAUCCACAGAGAUCUUAUUUUUUAAGAAUAUUUGACAUUAAAGAUGGGAAACUAUUGUGGGAACAGGAACUAUACAAUAAUUUUGUGUAUAAUAGUCCUAGAGGAUAUUUUCAUACCUUUGCUGGAGAUACUUGUCAAGUUGCUCUUAAUUUUGCCAAUGAAGAAGAAGCAAAAAAAUUUCGAAAAGCAGUUACAGACCUCUUGGGCCGGCGACAAAGGAAGUCUGAGAAAAGGCGAGAACCUCCAAAUGGUCCCAAUCUACCCAUGGCUACAGUUGACAUAAAAAAUCCAGAAAUAACAACAAAUAGAUUUUAUGGUCCACAAGUCAACAACAUCUCACAUACCAAAGAAAAGAAGAAAGGAAAAGCUAAAAAGAAGAGAUUAACCAAGGCUGAUAUUGGAACUCCAAGCAAUUUUCAGCACAUUGGACAUGUUGGUUGGGAUCCAAAUACAGGCUUUGAUCUAAAUAAUUUGGAUCCAGAGCUAAAGAAUCUUUUCGAUAUGUGUGGAAUCUCAGAGGCCCAACUUAAAGACAGAGAAACAUCAAAAGUUAUCUAUGACUUUAUUGAGAAAACAGGAGGUGUUGAAGCUGUUAAAAAUGAACUCCGAAGGCAAGCACCACCACCACCACCACCAUCAAGAGGAGGCCCUCCACCCCCUCCACCCCCUCCACACAGCUCAGGGCCUCCUCCUCCUCCUGCUCGUGGAAGAGGUGCUCCUCCCCCACCACCGUCAAGAGCUCCCACAGCUGCACCUCCACCACCGCCUCCGUCCAGGCCUGGUGUGGGGGUCCCUCCACCCCCACCAAACAGGAUGUACCCUCCUCCACCUCCAGCUCUUCCUUCUUCAGCACCUUCAGGGCCUCCACCACCACCUCCACCCAUGACAGUGUCAGUGUCAGCAUCAGUGGCACCACCCCCACCACCUCCGCCUCCGCCUCCACCCGGUCCACCACCGCCCCCUGGCCUCCCUCCUGAUGGGGACCAUCAAGUACCAUCUCCCGCAGGAAACAAAGCAGCUCUUUUAGAUCAAAUUAGAGAGGGCGCUCAGCUGAAGAAGGUGGGGCAGAACAGCCGACCGGUGUCCUGCUCCGGGAGGGAUGCACUCUUAGACCAGAUACGGCAGGGCAUUCAACUGAAAUCUGUGUCUGAUGGCCAAGAGUCUACGCCACCAACGCCUGCACCCACUUCAGGAAUUGUGGGUGCCUUGAUGGAAGUGAUGCAGAAGAGGAGCAAAGCCAUUCACUCCUCAGAUGAGGAUGAUGAAGAAGAUGAUGAAGAAGAUUUUGAGGAUGAUGAUGAAUGGGAAGACUGAUCUAUAUAUAUAUUAUAUAUAUAUAUAUAUAUAUACAUACAUAUAUAUAUUUUUACGGUGAAAUACUAAACACUACUUUCUGUCUAUGGAUUCUGUAAAAUUAUCAUGUAAAUGUUCUACCAAUUUGCUGUAUAUUUUUGUUGCCUUUUUGCUUUUUUUUAAUUAAUCUGUGCAAUACCUCAUUUAAUCUGUAAAGGUUUGUCAUAAUCUACUCCCUGUUAUUGUUGCAAGUUUACACCAGAAUGCUCACUUAUUGUGAAUAUUUUUCAUUCCAUCAACAGAGGAGUUUAAAUAUUAUAUGUGAGACUGACAAUAAACCUUAAUGUAAUUUAGUUAUAAUGCCAGAAGGAAAACACUAUUUUCAUACCCUCCUUUUUCUGUACCUAAAUUUUCUUAUUAAAAUCUAGUAUAGCACUACAUUCUUUUUAAGGUGAUGUAAACUUCAAUUUCUUUAGCCCCGUCAUUUUGAACACAAUGCUACAUAUGAAUGUUGAAGCUGAUACAUUGCACAGUUCUCUAGGUAUCACUACACAGCAGUUUUUCAAAUUUUAGCAAUAUUCUCUGCAUAAAAUCACUACAAAAAUACUAAUGGAGAAGACUGGUACACUCUUCUUAAUCAUAAUGCCCGUCAUGUUUCAGCAGUGGUAUUUGUAGGCUGAAAUCAUAGGAGCCCUCACAUACCUGUAAUUGAGGUUAUUUUUUAUGCUAUAGCAAAUGUGGCAGGCCCCUUUUGGCAAAAAGUUGAAAUAUAUUUUUGGUAUUCUGAAAAGUUAUUUAAUUGGAGUUUUGCAGGUUUGGGAAUAGUUUCCUGCUUCAUAGCCAAUAUGAUUACUUCCAGUGUUUGAUUAAAAAUGUUAGCAAAACAUUAUUUUAAUAGUAUGGAAAUAAAUGCUUUUAUUUUACAGUUUG